AGCCAAUCGAAUGCGUCUUCAAACUCCAGAAAUAGCUUGGCAUGAGACACUGCCUAUCUAUUCGUGUGACCUCCAACACUCAUUCCCAACGGUUGUUCACUCGGACACCGACAAAGCCAACCGUGCGCCACUCAUGGAUUUGCUGCUUUCUGAGGAAACAGAUGAACUACGUCUGAAUUUGACGGAACCUAUCUGGACAAGGUUAGCCACAGCUGGUGGAGACAACGUUGUCCGAUUAUGGCGUGUUACUCUGGAUUGGAUCAGUGCUGGACCAGAGCCAAAGACACGAUCUGUGGUUCAGCGAACUUCUCAAAAAGACUCGGACGGUAAUCUCCAAGGUGUUAUGGGGCAGCACCUUAGCUAUCUGGCAUCACUGAAGCGGCACGAGAAGCCGGUGAACGUCGUUCGCUGGUCACCAACCGGUGCGUCUUUGUAGGUUAUUAUCUAGCAUCCGCUGGGGAUGAUCUUUUUAUCAUCAUUUGGUGUAACCAAGGCGCUGGUGGCACCGCGACAGGAAAUCAUUCAGAACGCCGGGACGAUGAGGAGGAGGAAGAUGGGACGAUAUCCACGGAACACUGGGUUCCUUGUCGAAGCUUGAGACGGCACCUUGAAGACAUUUACGAUAUUUGUUGGGCACCAGAUAGCCAGGCACUGAUAUCUGGCUCCGUGGACCACUCACUGAUAGUCUGGCAAUUGGAUCUUCCCACUGCGUUGAAAUCCACUUUGCCACCGACAGACGAGAAGUCCGCAAAACUUCCAUUAUCUGAAGACCGCCCGAAUGGUAACGUUAUAACUCCACCUCCUACACCCUCCAGCGGAUCGGGCGCUACUAAGUGCUUGAUUCUUAGGGAUCACAAGCACUACGUCCAGGGCGUAACGUGGGACCCACUUGGGUUUUAUGUAGCCAGCCUCAGCAGUGACCGAGCAUGUCGGGUAUACCGCGCAGGAACUAGAACAUGUCUAGCCCACGUUGCUAAAGCUGGGAAACAACGGCUGUUUCAGGAUGACUCGUGGAAAUCGUUUUUUCGUCGACUCACCUUCAGCCCUGAUGGUCUGUUGCUCGCCUGUCCCUCCGGAAACCUGGAAGGUGCUGUGUUCGCCGGCAGCGUGGCUGCUGCAGCAUCACUUGCGACAUCAGGAGCAGUCCCACCGGAACCUACAAAUGCUCUACCACUUCCAGUAGCCGCUCCGCAACACGCUGCUCACCUUUUCUUGCGGUCAAACUUCACAAAGCCUGUUGUCAGUUUGCCAACGGGACCUAGGCCAGUAGUGUGCGUUCGAUUUUGUCCUCAGCCUUUUCAGUUACGAACAACGCCCACUUUGGGGUCUAACCUGGUAGAAGGUACACAACAUCCUAAUAGUUUGUUUGAUCUCCCCUACCGCUGGUUAUUUUGUCUGGUCUUGGAGGACGGUGUACUGUUCUACGAUACACAGCAGACUUCACCUUUCGCCCAGGUUUCACAAUUUCACUACCAAGCACUGAACGAUGCUACUUGGUCAGCAGACGGACAUCUGGUGGUAGUCUGUUCUACCGAUGGCUACUGUUCCCUAAUCCACUUUGCUCGAGGCGAAUUGGGCGCAGCUUAUCGGGGCCCGAUAGGUGUGAAAACUGAUGUCAUACCGCCUAUGGGUGAACCGACUUCGGUAAGAAUGGCUGAAAGCACGGAUGAGGCGAACACAGUGCCCCCCACCAGCGUUUCUAACUCUACAGUUUCCGGAGAGAUAAUGAAUGCCGAAGACUCCAACAUGAGGCCUCACACGCCCGAAAAACCCAAUGACCACAGUGGUAAAGCAAUCCGUGCGAUGGAAGUCAGCCUGCCCACAUCUCCCUCCAGCCCUGCUAAGAAGCGUCGGAUCCCCCUCACAACCCUGUCCUCAGAUGUCACUCCGCAUGCGCUCGAUUUGAAUAACAACAGCCAAUCUCACAAUGAACGUUUGUCCACAACAACCAAAGAACAGGCACUGCAGUCUGUUGAAAUAAAAUCGGACAUUGUUACGGAACACAAGAUGCUGACUGAGACUUCUAAAUCCACCAGCUAUGGUCAGAAGCGGCGAGUUUCUUUUGUAACACUUGAUACCGCACCGGCAACUUUGGUCACCCCAUCUAGGAACAUCGAUCCUUCAAAUUCCGUCCAAAACGAUCCGAUAGGUGGGCUAGACUCCAGUUCAAGUCCGAAUGAUGCGACGUCUACUUGAGCACAUGGUCAGCUGAAGAUCCCCCGUUUUCGCUGAAAACCCGGUCUGCACAAAUGGAUUCGCCAGCGUGAACGUGAGAACUUUACGCAGCAUUUAUAUUGUGUUUCUGUAUUUUUUAUUCACUCACUCUGUGUCCACAUAAACUGCUCUCAC